CUGAGACAUUGACACGACCGCAUUCAACUCGACGCCGCCAUCAUCGAACGCUCCGUCACGCAGGCAAUGGCUCCAUCACGAGCGGCAGACGCAGUGCUGCGUCUCGCUGCAGCAUGUCGACUCCCGCAGAUAGCCCGCUCAGCCAUUCCCACCACCACCUUCUCUUGCAGCCAUCGCGCCCUCACCACAACUCCACGCCGACGAGAGGAGCGACGAGAUCAGCCAGCAAAUUCCAGCAUCAGCGACGACAUCUCCUCCCUGCUCGAUACGACGCUCGAUUUCGACAAGGGCACUCCGGCUGCAACUUCCAAACGGCCUUCACAUUUAAAAUCUCGCAACGCACAGCAAAAUGCAGGCUCUCAAGGCGUUGCGAACGAGCUGCAGCGAGCUCGAUCAAGCACGGAAGAUAGCGUGUCCAAGCUUCUGGAGACCAUGGUCAACAAUAGCAGUUUAGGGGACCGCCGAACGCGCAGAGGCUCCUCCUACUCCUCCACCGAUGUUGCUGGAGCUUUUAGUGGGCACGGCGGCGCCCCGCCUCUACUUGAUGGAAAAGAAUCUGCGCCAAUAGUCCUACCACCGAAUGUUGGUCGAUUAGUCGAAGUGGAUGAGAAACGCAAUAUGGAUGUCGGUCGAGCUUUCCGGACUAUGGAGAUUUUAUGCAACAAAAACAAGGUCAAGCGCACUUUUGCUCAGCAGCGCUUCCACGAACGACCGGGGCUAAAGAGAAAGCGGCUGAAGAAUGAGCGGUGGAUCAGGCGGUUCAGGGAAAAUUUCAGAGGCACUGUUCAACUUGUUCAGAAGAUGAAGAAGCAAGGGUGGUGAUCAUCGCGAAGUGUGAGCGGUGGUGUUCAGCAGCAGGAGCGCAAAAACGGCAUCAUGUGACGCGCUGCACACCACGAAACAGUAGUGCGUUUGUGAAAUUACCGGUUGCUGGCGAACAUGCAGGGAAGCUAGGCUCCGCAAAAUGUUGCGACCCAUGAAAGUCGGUGCGUCCACGAGACCCUAUUGGAGUGGGACAUCGUCUGUAUAUGUCUUGGGAACCACUCGACUGCCGGUUUCACCACUCGCUCCGCAUGGCUGAACGAAUGAGCGCCAGGCUUCACUUUAGCUUCCGGACUUGGUGAGGAUCGUCGGCGACAUAGAGCCUCAAAUGUCCUCAGUUCCAGCUCAGCAGUAAAGGUUUCCUGACACAACAGCGAAUCGUAAGCCACGACGGGCUCCAAGCCCUCUCUCCGGACCCCGAAGUUUAGCUUUCUUAGCACUCAAGGCAGGGGCCACUGCUGCAGCAGGGAUAUAUUUCGACAGGGCAAUGAUGUAGACAUAGAAGAAACUCGUCUGUACAUAUAAUUGCUGACUGCCUGUAUAGCGUGCAGUCACCGAAUACCAUUGCAAGCAAGCAGCAUUCCAUCAAACUUCAACAGAACCAUGGCUACCUCUUACCAGCAGGACAACUGUACCACUGGGCGUCAGUCUGGCGCUGAGGACCACGCGGCUCAUCCCGGCACA